CCACUCUCUCGUCUCCACAAUUAUUGAAUUGAAGAUUCUUCCCUCUGACCCAGAAACCUCGACCGAAACCUCGUCUUUCCAUAUCUGUUUUUCUACGACACAACAUUCUCUUGUGCAUAUAGAACUCCACCACACUCACUCCUCUUCACUACUCCCAGCUCUCUCUCUCUCUCUCACUGGGAUUUAUCUCCAACAUGGCAGAUAAAGUUUCAUCAUUUCAACUCGUCCACCAGCAACUCCUUUCCGACUUUGAAUGUGUGGAAACCAUCGUUUCUGAUGUAGGUGAAGCAUCGCAAGCUUCAACUUCUGAAUCAAGCGUUUCCACCUCACAUAUUGUUCAAGUCUCUGAUUACUUGAAACCCAAUGAACAUGAAAAUAACUCUUUUUUCCUCCACCGCUCUACCUCUGCUCCAUCUGGGGUCCUCCAGUUUGAAACCAAAUCCCAAAAAACUUCCUCAUUAAGUCAACGGCGACCCCCACUCAGCAUCUCAGUUCCUUCACCACCCACUUCUCAGCCCUCAACGGCGCCAGUUGCCGGCGAGAUCAGGCACUAUAGAGGGGUCAGGCGAAGGCCAUGGGGGAAAUUCGCGGCGGAGAUUCGGGACUCAAAUCGGAGAGGAUCGAGGGUAUGGCUGGGGACCUUCGAGACAGCCAUUGAAGCCGCCAGGGCUUAUGAUCGAGCAGCUUUCAAGAUGCGUGGUUCCAAAGCCAUUCUCAAUUUCCCCCUUGAAGCAGGGAAUUGGUCGGGUUCUGACCCACCGGCCACAUCCGGCCGUAAAAGGGAGAGAGAUUGUGAGACCGAAGUGAGAGAACAAGUGGAGAUAAAGGUUUUAAAGCAAGAAGAAGUGGAGUUUCCGAAAUCUGACAGCACAGCGGCGGCAGCAAGUGUUUUGGGGAUCAGUCCAUUAACGCCGUCGAGUUGGAGAGCAGUCUGGGAAGAGAGAGAGAUGAAGGGAAUAUUCAAUUUGCCACCGUAAACGCCAUCAUCACCCCAUCAUUGGAUAGCGUAUUCUCAACUCAUAGUUGAAUGAGAGUUCUCACCGGCAAUUGAAGUUUGAUGGACUUGAUUUAUUUCAUAAAUUAAUGUUAUUGAAUUUGUUUAUUCUUUUAAUUAUGUAUAAGUUUUCUUGCUUGACUGUUGUUUCUCCAAAAUUAUUUAUCAAGAGUUUGUCAUAUAAAAAGUCAUAUUUUUCCUA